UCUUCACCCACUACGCUUUUUGUUGUCAUCAGUCAAAUUAGGCUGUGAUACUGUGCGUGCUCAUGCGUGUGCACGAGAUCAGCUGAGUCGUUGCUCCUCCCUCGCCAGUGAAUCAAGAGUUCAAGAAGACGGAACAAGCGCAGCAGACAUGGCUAUGUUCACAACAGAGCCUCAAACUGAUGUGAUCGAUGCAGAAUAUGAGGACUUCCUCUGCCCCGUGUGUCUGGAGAUAUUCAUCUCUCCGACGACCACAGACUGCGGACACACAUUCUGUGAAAGCUGUCUUAAGGAGUGCUUGCGGCCUCAGAAACCUGUGUGUGCGGUCUGCAGGUCUGACCUACACAAGUGGAAAAAAGCAGAUGAGAUACAAAAUGUGAUGAAAAGGUCAAUUGGAAAGUGCAAAGGCUGUAAAAACGAGGUUCUUUUGUCUGACAUGAGAAGCCACACAGGGGCUUGCUCUAAAUAUCAAGACUUUAUCAAGGAAGGUAUGAAGGCCAUUUCAAAGAACCAGCCUUCCACUGUCAGCUCCGUGCCGAACCGUUAUACGUUCGCCUGUCCCUUCUGCAGCAAACAGAACUUUGACCAGGAUGGUCUGGUGGAGCACUGCACCUCAAAACACGCACGCGACCCGCGUCCAGUGGUGUGUCCGAUAUGUGCCUCAAUGCCCUGGGGCGACCCUAAUUACAGGAGCGCUGACUUCUUUCAGCACCUCAGAAUGAGACAUGCUUUCUCCUAUGACACCUUUGUGGAUUACUCUACAGACGAGCAAGCCAUGAUCCAGGAAGCUCUACAGCGCUCUCUCUUGGAAAACUGAUGUGAGGAACAUAUGGAUCCCCAGCUGAACACCACCAAAAAUCAGUGCUUAUGCUUACAAAAAGAAAGACAUCCAUUGGGAUUCAGGGCUAUUGUCAUAUAUAUUAUUCUACAUACACUAAUGUUGGUCAUGCCAAAGCUCCUGUCGGUGUAAUUGUGGUGAUUUACUUUUAAACGAGAGUCAUAUAUUCAUAAAUAAAAUAUUCCCAUACACAUUCUUAGCUUUUAAAAAUAAAUAAAUGUAUACUGCCAAUCUAUAAUUAAUUCAAAUGAUACAACUGAUUUUUGUUUAUAUAAUUUAGUUUGUGUAGCAGAUUGUCAGAUUAUGUGGCACUGGAACAGAGUAGUCUGAUAUAGAUACACAAGGUGAGACUUGUACAAAGCUUUUAGGGUAGAACAUAUUGAAAUUGAAUCAUUAAGGUAAUUGUUUUGAUCCUGAGAGUGUCAGCUAAUUCAGAGGAAGCAGAGGAAUAAGCUCUUUCUCUUGGUGUGUUUUGUAUUGUUUUAUGCUUUUAAGAAGCAGUUCAACUGACCCCUUGUUAGAGGUGUGUUUCACUUUGCAGUUAGUGUCCUGAAAUGAGUUUAUGUUCAAACCAGUAGGGGGCAGUAUUGUAUCAUUAGUCCACCACAUAGUUUCUAGUCUCUGUGCUCUCUGACCCAAGCAGUGCUUGCUGCUGUGGCUACUGGCUUGAUCUGACUGUGUACUGAGAGACUCUGCUCUUAAAGGGAUAGUCCACCCCAAAAUGACAAUCCUGUCAUUAUUUACUCUCGCUUUGUUGUUCUGAACCUGUAUGCACUUCUAUUCUGUGUGGAACUCAACAGAAGAUAUUAUAUACAGAAAGUAUGUGCUGAGAUGAUUUGGACCACCCUGACGUUCACUCUAUAGAUGAAAACAGAUCUUCUUCUGUGUUUUACAGGAGCAGGAGUCAUUCAGGUUCAGAAUGACAUGAGGGUGAGUAGAUGAUGAGAGCGUUUUCAUUUUGGGGGAACUAUUCCUUUAGGCUCCUAAUACAUGUGUGUAACCCAGUAAAGAGCGUUAGUCGAGCUGUACAGAGCAGUUUUAUAAUAUGUUAAAGUUAGUCUGUUUAAUUGGCAGUAGUUUGAAAUCCUGCAAUCUGUCGAACCAAAUUGUAAUUUUGCGUUCUGUAAAGUCAAACUUGUGUUGCAUGCUGUUUGAUGUGGAUUUUCCCAUUGUGUAGAUAAAUCAUAUCCUGUGCCUGUUUCAUUCAUGUGUCAUUAUUAGUGUUUAAUGGUAAUGAUUCAUUGACCUGUCUGUUUUUUGGGUGAAUUGGUUUUGUAUAGUUAAUAAACCUUUUCUCAAAAGCCUUUUAAA